CCGCCGUCUUACACUUCCUUGUACGCCGCACUUGCUAACAAUGCCUUGGGAUCUCGUCAAGCUGAACGAUGGCCACACAAUGCCGUCCAUCGCAUUUGGUACCUGGACCUUGGGUAACGGACAGGGCCCAAUUGACCAGGUCGAGCAAGCUUUGUCCGUAGGUUUUGAGCACGUAGAUACUGCUCAGGCAUACAGAAACGAGGCGGAAGCAGGCCAGGGUAUCAAGGAGAGCGGCCUGUCCCGCUCGGACGUCUUCAUUACCACGAAAUACUCCGGUACUGGUGGGCUGGAUGUCGAGACUUCCAUUGACAACAGCUUGAAAAAUCUCGGGGUAUCAUAUGUCGACUUGUACCUGAUCCACAGCCCCCGCCUUGCGACCCCGGAUAUUCCGACUAUCUGGAGCAAGAUGGAAAAGAUCAAGGCGGACGGGAAGGCGAAGAGCAUCGGCGUCAGCAACUUCCAGGUCCAGCACCUGGAGACACUUCUGAACUCUGCGAAGGUCAAGCCGGCCGCUAAUCAGAUCUUGCUGCAUCCUUAUGUCUACAAGUCGCAAGCUCCUUUGCUUGAGUAUUGUGCGAAGAAUAACAUCGUCGUCGAGGCUUACAGCGCCCUUAUUCCUCUGACGCACCAACCCGGCGGGCCUGUCGACAAGCCAGUCAACGCUAUCGCAUCCCGCCUCUCCGCGAAGCCUGAGCAAGUUCUCCUCGCGUGGGUGAAGGCUAAAGGCGCGGUCGCCGUGACCACGAGCUCGCGGAAAGACCGUCUUCAAAGCUAUCUGUCUGCUGCUGACCUUGAGCUGACGAACGAGGAUAUCGAGUCCAUUGACAAGGCAGGGGCGCGGUCGUCCUGAGGGUAUGCUCGGCUUAUGGUGUCGAGGUGUUAUGAGUGUCUCGUGGUAGGGCCCGGACGCCUGUCUCGGUGUAUACGACUGAUUCCUUCGACUGUUUUGUAUUGAGACUUUCGAUAGGUGUGGUUGAUCGUUCAGGAGAAUUUCUU